CCAAUAAAGUAUGUUUAAGACCGCCUACGCAUCCCCAUGUUCAGGAAGAUAUUUUAACACGACCAUCGGCGUGGAUUCUCACUUAGGAGCAGAAUUCUGUUGGGCGAAAUGGGGUCUCUUAGCAAGGAUGACAGGGCGGAAGUUAUUCAGGCCUGGUACAUGGAUGACAGUAAUGAAGAUCAGAGACUGCCGCAUCACCGGGAACCAAAGGAGUUUGUGUCUUUUGAAAAGCUUGAUGAACUUGGAGUGCUCAGCUGGAAGCUAGAUGCCGACAACUAUGAAACUGAUCCAGAAUUGAAAAAAAUUCGUGAAGAUCGUGGAUAUUCUUACAUGGACUUCUGUGAGGUGUGCCCAGAAAAAUUGCCGAACUAUGAGGAAAAGAUCAAGAACUUUUACGAAGAGCAUUUGCACACGGAUGAGGAGAUACGCUACUGUGUUGCGGGAAGUGGUUAUUUUGAUGUCCGUGAUGGCAAUGAAGCUUGGAUUCGCGUUUGGGUGAAGAAGGGGGCCAUGAUUGUUCUUCCAGCUGGAAUUUAUCACCGUUUUACACUUGAUUCAGACAACUAUAUUAAGGCAAUGCGACUCUUUGUGGGCGACCCUGUUUGGACUCCGUAUAAUCGCCCUCACGAUCAUCUUCCUGCAAGGAAGCAGUAUGUGGAAACUUUUCUGCAGGAGGAUGCCAGUCGAGCCGUUAAUGCCACAGCUUAACGCUUUAGAUAUAUACAUAUACAUACAUACAUACAUACAUAUAUAUAUAUAUAUUGAGAGCCUUGUAGCUUUCCCUGAAUAAUGCGUUGUUUGUGUCUGUGGAGCGCUGUGGUCGAACACUGAUCAUUUGAGUAAUGAGUUGCGGUCUGAACUGCUCGUCUGCUCAACUCGUUAUACUACCGAGGUGAGUGCACUUAAACUAAAAAAAAAGUGAAUAAUUGUGCUGUUAGAUUUAUAUAUGUAUGUAUCUGUGUGUUUUUCUACCUUGUGUUGUUUCUUUGGCAUUCUUGCUAUGAACGAUCCCGUUUCUGGAAAAUGAAGCAUCACUUUUGAAACGACCGUAA